CGUGUAGAUAGUUGCUGGGAACUGGAGGCGCAGGGUUUCUGCAGCUCUAGGCCCCUUAGCGUGUCUUAGGCCUUAAAGCCCUUCAAACUCCCACGUACCUGAGAGAUCCCAUUUUACUGAUGAGAAAACUGAGGCCCAAAGCGCCGUGGCGUCCUUACCUCUACUGCCUAUUAAGCAUUCUUGAGGGCACUGAGGAAGGGGGUAUUUGAAGGAUGCAAAAGAGUUUUUCCCGUGGGAGAAGGUAAGCAAGGGCUCCCGAGGCAGCGAGAACUCCAAGUGGAGAUGCAUUUAGGUGAGAAAGUUUUGAGAAUUGAGGCUGGGGCUUAGUUUGCUGUUGGGAGGGGGACACUGCCGCUGGAGCUGAGGCUGAAAAAGUAGGUUAGGAUUAGGUUGUGAACUGACCAGCUUGGAGGCCUAGGAGAUGAUUAGCCCUCACUUCUGCACGGUUUACAGUUCCCCAUUCACCAUCUCACCAGGUCUCAUGGCCGGUGAGGCCUUAUUGAUGUCUACUUGUUUACACAUGGGGAGACCAAGGUGCAGGGGGGAUAAAAAGUAAUUCUUUUUUUACCUCAUCCCAGCUCACAGGGUCCUAGCCUAAGCUGUCUGGGAAUGAAAUCAGUGCAUCUCUGGCAUGUUCAGGCCGCAGGCCUGCAUCUCCCUCCUAAGCCAGUAGUGAAGCAAAGACAAGCCUCCCUCACCAGAGCAAUGAACCCACUGUAGGAUACUGGGUGAUAUUUGGACCUUGUGAACUUGGAAAGGCAGAGAAAUUCAGUUAAUAAAUAAUUGUUUACAGAAAUUCUCACAAACUCCUACUAUGGAGGAGGCAGAGGCAAUAGACGUGGGUUUGAGUUCUGUUUCAGAGGUUGAUUCAUUCACUUUGUUUUGGGGCAUCAGCCACAGUUCUAGGUGUAGAGGAUACCAAAAAAAUGAAGGUUCCUGGCUCUUUGCCAGCCUAGACCCUGGUGCUGGAGGCAGAGAAUUAAUAAUCCAGCCAUAAGAUGUGUAAGUGCACCAAAGCAACAAUCAGGACAGAAAGCAGAAGUUUGAGAGCCGGACCACCUGGCUUUGAACACUGGUUGUGGCCACGACGUCAUGUCUGUGUGCCUCAGUAUCCUUGUCUGUAAAAUGGCGGAAAUAAUACUGUUUAAUUUAGUCUGUUCAGGCUAUGCAUAACAACAACAACAAAACCCCACACAGACUUAAGGGGCUUAAACAACAGAAAUUUAUUUCUCACAGUUCUGGAGGCUGGGAAGUCCAAGAUCAAGAUGCUGGCCAAUUCAGUUCCUGAGAAGUUCCGCCCAUUGGAGCCAUGGAGGUGGAGUCUGCGGAGGCCCGGUCCUCCGCCCCCGCCCCCGCCCCCGGCUACAAGCGUUCGGGUCGCCGCUACAAGUGCCUGUCCUGUACUAAGACAUUUCCAAAUGCGCCUAGGGCAGCACGUCACGCUGCCACACACGGUCCUGUAGACUGCGCAGAGGAGGUGGCGGAAGCGAAGCUGAAGCCGGAGACAGAACCCAAAGCAGAGGAUGCUGGCGGGGACAAGGUGUCAGGUGCAUCGGCUAAGCCUCGGCCUUACGCAUGCCCGCUGUGCCCCAAGGCCUACAAGACGGCACCCGAGCUGCGCAGUCACGGCCGCAGCCACACUGGUGAAAAGCCCUUCCCUUGCCCCGAGUGUGGCCGCCGCUUCAUGCAGCCCGUGUGCCUGCGCGUGCACCUGGCCUCGCACGCUGGCGAGCUGCCCUUCCGCUGCGCUCACUGCCCCAAGGCCUACGGCGCGCUCUCCAAGCUCAAGAUUCACCAGCGUGGUCACACAGGCGAGCGGCCUUACGCUUGCGCCGACUGCGGCAAGAGCUUCGCCGACCCUUCGGUGUUCCGCAAACACCGGCGCACGCACGCGGGCCUGCGGCCAUACGGCUGCGAGCGCUGCGGCAAGGCUUACGCGGAGCUCAAGGACCUGCGCAACCACGAGCGGUCCCACACCGGUGAGCGCCCCUUCCUCUGCUCAGAGUGUGGCAAGAGCUUCUCCCGCUCAUCCUCGCUCACGUGCCACCAGCGCAUCCAUGCGGCUCAGAAGCCCUAUCGCUGUCCAGCCUGUGGCAAGGGCUUCACGCAGCUCAGCUCCUACCAGAGCCACGAGCGCACCCACUCCGGCGAGAAGCCCUUCCUGUGCCCGCGUUGCGGCCGCAUGUUCUCCGACCCCUCGAGCUUCCGGCGCCACCAGCGGGCGCACGAGGGCGUGAAGCCUUAUCGCUGCGAGAAGUGCGGCAAAGACUUUCGGCAGCCCGCAGACCUGGCCAUGCACCGGCGGGUGCACACGGGUGACCGGCCGUUCAAGUGCCUGCAGUGUGACAAGACGUUUGUGGCGUCUUGGGACCUCAAGCGCCAUGCGUUGGUGCACUCGGGCCAGCGGCCCUUCCGCUGUGAGGAGUGUGGGCGAGCCUUCGCCGAGCGAGCCAGUCUCACUAAGCACAGCCGGGUGCACUCGGGCGAGCGUCCCUUCCACUGUAACGCCUGCGGGAAGUCCUUCGUGGUAUCAUCAAGCCUGAGGAAGCAUGAGCGGACCCAUCGAAGUAGCGAGGCCGCAGGGGCGCCCCCACAGCAGGAGCUGGUAGUGGGGCUGGCACUGCCAGUCAGCGUGGCAGGCGAGGGCCCCGCGGCCCCGGCAGCAGGUGCAGGGCUAGGGGACCCCCCAGCAGGGCUGCUGGGGCUGCCCCCGGAAUCAGGUGGUGUGAUGGCCACCCAGUGGCAAGUGGUGGGCAUGACGGUGGAACAUGUGGAGUGCCAAGAUGCUGGGGUUGGGGAGGCUCCUGGUCCCUUGGGGGGAGCAGGCGAGGUGGGGGGCGAGGAGAAUGAUGAGAAGCCACCGCAAUUUGUGUGCCGGGAGUGCAAGGAGACGUUCUCCACGCUGACGUUGCUGCGACGGCAUGAGCGCUCACACCCAGAGCUCCGGCCCUUUCCCUGCACCCAGUGCGGCAAGAGCUUCUCUGACCGGGCAGGGCUUCGCAAACACAGCCGCACCCACAGCUCUGUGCGCCCCUACACCUGCUCCCACUGCCCCAAGGCCUUCUUGAGUGCCAGCGACCUGCGCAAGCACGAGCGCACCCACCCUGUGCCCAUCGGGACCCCCACGCCCCUCGAGCCCCUUGUGGCUUUGCUAGGAAUGCCUGAAGAGGGACCCGCGUGAGGCCCAUCGCCCCCUCCACCUCACUCCCAAGAGCCCAGACCUCACAGGGUGUCUCCUGAACCUCUCUGCCCCAGCUCACUCUUUAGACUCCAGAUCCCUGCCCCCCACCCCAGGCAGCUAGCUCUCCUUGCCAACAAAGAGCUGGGGACAAUGGAGGCGGGCAGCGCUGUUGAGAGACACGUGUGGUUCUGAGUAACACUCAUUAAAGCA